AAUUUGGGGGUUGGCCCAGGCGGUGAGAUAAGGUUACAUAUAAGGCAACUGCAGCAGUUUUGGGAACACUAACGGAGUAUAUUCCCUGGCCACGCAGCUCAGUACGUUCGGAUCCUGGAAUCAUGAGCGGGUGCCCCUUCGCGGGGAACAACUACGUGUUUAGAAAGCUCUCUUUGGAAGAUGAAAAAGAUGAUAAAUCACAAGAAGGGAUAAAUAAAGCCAGCAGAGGUGGACUUGUCUAUGGAGAUUACCUACAACUGAACAAAAUAUUGAAUGCUCAAGAACUUCAGAGUGAGAAGAAAGGAAACAAAAUCCAUGAUGAACAUCUUUUCAUUGUGACGCAUCAAGCUUAUGAACUUUGGUUUAAGCAGAUUCUGUGGGAAAUGGACUCUGUGCGGGAGAUCUUUCAAAAUGGCCACGUGAGAGAUGAGAGGAACAUGCUGAAGGUUAUUACUCGAAUGAACAGAAUUUCAAUGAUUCUGAAACUACUUGUGGAACAGUUCUCAGUUCUAGAAACUAUGACUGCAUUGGACUUCUUUGAUUUCAGAUACUACCUAAGUCCAGCCUCAGGUUUUCAGAGCCUGCAGUUUCGCUUGCUAGAGAACAAAAUUGGUGUUCCCCAAAGUCUGAGAGUCCCCUAUAACAGAAGGCAUUAUCGUGAUAACUUCAAGGGACAGGAUUAUGAACUACUGCUUAAAUCAGAGCAAGAACCAACGCUACUGCAACUGGUGGAGGCAUGGCUGGAAAGAACUCCAGGACUCGACGCAGAAGGAUUUGAUUUCUGGGGACAAUUUGAAGUGAAUGUUUCAAAAGGUCUAGAAGAGGAAUUUGCCCUGGUGCAGGCCAAACCAGAAUCAGAAGAAAAAGAUGACUUAUUAUCUGAAUUCCAAAAGCAAAAAGACGUAUUACUUUCCUUAUUUGAUGAAAAACGCCAUGAACAUCUGCUUAGUAAAGGAGAAAGACGACUGUCUUAUAAAGCACUGAAGGGUGCCUUAAUGAUCUACUUCUACAGGGAGGAGCCUCGUUUUCAGGUUCCCUUUCAGCUUCUUACCUCCCUUAUGGAUCUGGAUGUGCUCAUGACCAAAUGGAGAUAUAACCACGUCUGCAUGGUGCACAGGAUGAUUGGCAGCAAGGCUGGCACCGGGGGCUCAUCAGGCUACCAGUAUUUGCGCUCAACAGUCAGUGACAGAUACAAGGUGUUUGUGGAUUUGUUCAAUCUUUCAACAUUUCUAGUGCCAAGACACUGGAUACCAAAGAUGAACCCAACCAUUCAUAAAUUCCUUUACACGGCAGAAUACUGUGAUAGCUCCUAUUUCAGCAGCGACGACUCCGACUAGCCUGCCUUUCUAGACUGGCUGCUGUAACGAACUUCAGGAACUUUCACCCUGAGUGGUGCUAUGCCUCAAAUAGAACAGCUAUUCUCACACGGGGUGGGUGUGUAAAUAUGUAUUUAUGUAUGACAGCUAUGUGAAUAGUUCCAUAGGCUUAUAGAAGAAACUUAAUUGUUCAUAGAUAAAAUAAUCUGUAUUGAGUUCUCUAUAUUAAGACUAAAAUGAUUCCCCAAUUCA